ACCCGCGCGCGGGAGCGGCGCGAGGAGUGCGGGGAGCCGUGACCCCGCGUGACCCCAGCACUUCCCCCCACCCCCCCAACCGCGCGCUGACACCGGCGUGACCCCGGCUGCGGGCAUGGAGGGGGAGGGGCCGGCGGCGCCCGGUGCUACCGCUCUCCUGUACCUACCGGACGCCUCGGCCGUGCCGCUGCCCCUGGAGCCGCCGCCGGGCCCCACGGCCGCGGAGCUGCUCCUCCGCCUGCAGGGGGCGCUGUCGCUGCCGCCCGUGGCCACCGAGGCGCUGGCGCUCUGGAUGAGCUCGCCCCUACUCGCCGUGCAGCUCAAGCCUCGGCACCGCCCCCUGCGCGUGGCCCGGCGCUGGCCCGAGCUCCUCCUGCGGCUCAGCUCCGCCCCCCCCGAGGACAUCGGCACCGAUGAGCCGUGCCUGCAGCUCCGCAGGAACGUGUUCUUCCCCAAGAGCAGGGAGCUGGAGGUGCAGUCGGAGGCGCUGCUGCGGCUCCUGUACGAGGAGGCUCGGGGGCAGGUGCUGGGGGGGCGCCUCCCGCUCGCCCCCCCCCAGGCCCUGGCGCUGGGGGCCCUGAGCUGCCGCCUGCGCCUGGGCCCCUUCCAGCAGGGGCUGCACACGGAGAGAACCAUCAGGCCGCUGUUACCGGAGCUGCUGCCGCGGGCGGCGCCGCGGGGCUGGGGGGGGCUCUGGGGGGCGCUCGUUCGCCGCGGGCCCCGGGAGCCCCCCCCCGAGCAGCGCCUGCUCGAGGCCUUCGCCCGCACCCCCGGGCCCGGAGCCCCCCCCGCGGAGCUGCACCGGGACUUCCUGCGGCGCUGCCAUGAGCUGCCCGGCUACGGCUGCGCCUUCUUCCCGGGAGCCAUUGAACGUCCCCAUGGGGGGCUGCUGGGUCGUGGGGGGCUGCGGCCCGUAACCAUCGCUGUGGGGCUGGAGGGGGUCACCAUCAUCGACCCCCGGGAGAAGCUCGUGCUGCUGACGCUGACCUACCCCGAGCUGUGCUGGGAGCUUGUGGGCGCCGUGGGGCAGGAGGGAGACGAGGCCAUGGGGCAGGAAGGGGAUGAGGCCGCGGGGCCCCCCCAGCUCUGGCUGGAGUUUGAUGGGGACCAUGAGGGAGCCCCCGUGAACCGGCUGCUGCGGGUGUUCUCCCCACAGGCGGAGCUGAUGAGCGCCCUCAUCGAGUGCUGCAUCGAGCUGGGAGGGGCGGGGCCAGAGCCGGCGCAAGCCCCUCCCCCGGGCCAAGCCCCGCCCACAGAAGGCCCCGCCCACGAACCCCCUUCGAAGGGCGCCCCCUUGCGGCCGCGGCUGCAGCGCUUGGCGACCAUCGACUACGUCCAGGACGGGCAGGAGCUAAGGCGGGUGAAGCCCCCCCGGCGCUCGGCCUCGUUCUUUGGAAGGGGCGGCUCCUACAGCGCCGUGGCGGGGGGGGCGGAGCAGGCCUGAGCCUUCCC